AUGUUGACUCCCACGAGCACUUUCGCUCUCCGCAUGGCCGGCCAUGGCGCCGCCCGCGCUUCCAUCGUCUCUUCCAUCGCCCGCACCACCGCCACCACUACUUGCCCGUACUCGACCGCCGCCGCCGGGAAGAAGCCUUGCGCUGCCCGCCCAAUUGGCCUGGCUCCCUCCUCCUCGAUCGCCCGUAGCAGCGCCGUCUUCUCCUCCGCUCCGUCCUCCAUCAUCGCUCGUGUCGUCCGCCAGCCCUGCUCCCAGCGCUGCAACGCAACCGCCGCGGCGUCGCAAAAGUCCGCCGCCCCCGCUGCCGCCCAGCAGGGCGACAAGCUGGACUGGAACUCCUUCUUCGCUCUGCGCAAGUCACGCCGUAGGUGGCAGCUUGGCUUCAGCGUCGUCUCCUUCGGCGCCUCAUUCGUCGGCGGUGCUACUGUUCUCGCGACCGGUAUUGCGGACCCCCUGGUAACCCAGAUCCCGCUGGACCCCUUCAUCACCAUGGGACUUAUGACAAUGAGCUUCGGCGCGCUGGGAUGGUUGGCCGGUCCGAGUCUGGGAUCGCUGGUCUUCUACACGCUGAACAAGAGGUGGAAGACCCAGAUGACGGCUAAGGAGAAGGAAUUCUUCGCCCGCAUCAAGAAGAACCGUGUCGACCCCUCCGUCUCUUCCGUCGGUAACCCUGUUCCCGACUUCUACGGCGAGAAGAUCUCCAGCGUUGCGGGCUACCGCCAAUGGCUCAAGGACCAGCGCGCCUUCAACCGGAAGCGUGUCGCUUUCGUGUAA